AUGCUCAACAGUGAUAUUGACGACGGCUGGUUCCUAAAAUCGAUUCUGUGGACUGAUGAGUUCAAAUUUUCUAAAGAGGGCAUCACGAAUUUUCAUAAUUUACAUGAAUGGGUUGACAAGGACAACAAUCCGCAUUGGAAAAAGCAGGAUUUGCCCGAUGACUACAUCCAACUUGAAGAUGAACCACUAGAGAAAACGAUGACAUCCAGCUGUCGACAGGAUCCACAAGAGAUACUAGCUGAUCAUCGUAAUGAAGUAAAUGUCCAACGAACGAAUGAUACUGUUAACAUUAACCAAGAAUUAGAUGAAGACUUUACGUUGGCUUCAAUCUCCCAAAAGACAAAAAUAACACUGAUCAAAGACAACAUUAACAUAGAUGAUCACGUGCUUGUCAGAUGGGGAAACCGUAUAUAUCCUGGCAAGGUGCUCUCGACUUGUGAAGAGGGACUCAUGGUGGAUAUAAUGAAAAGGGGGGUCAAAUUUUAG